CCGCUGCCUCCGGCCGCCGGGCGAGAGUGGAGCGACAGUGCCCGCCGCCGCCCCUCCCCCACUUCCGCCUCCCGCCUCUUCCUCGUUCCCGGCUCCCAGAGCCGUGCGUCCCCGGGGAGACCCAGAGGCGCAGCCCCACCCUGGCCGGCGCGGCUCACUCCCACGCCCCCGCCGCCGCCUCGUCCGGGCGGACAGACUGAGUCAGCGGGGGCGCCGGGCACUGCAGGGGUUGAUAUGGACCCAAAUCCUCGGGCAGCCCUGGAGCGCCAGCAGCUCCGCCUGCGGGAGCGGCAGAAAUUCUUUGAGGAUAUUUUACAGCCAGAGACAGAGUUUGUCUUUCCUCUGUCGCAUCUGCAUCUUGAGUCCCACAGACCCCCCAUAGGUAGUAUCUCAUCCAUGGAAGUGAAUGUGGACACACUGGAGCAAGUGGAACUUAUUGACCUUGGGGAUCAGGAUGGAGCAGAUGUGUUCUUGCCUUGUGAAGAUCCUCCCGCAACCCCCCAGACAGCUGGGGUGGAUGACCAUCCAGAGGAGCAGAGCUUGCCGGUGCUCACGCCAGACAGGACAACAUCCCGGACUUCCUCCUCGUCCUCUGACUCCUCUACCCACCUGCACAGUCCAAAUCCAAGUGACGGUGGAGCAGACACUCCCUUGGCACAGUCUGAUGAGGAGGAGGAUAGGGGUGAAGAAGCACAGCCCAGAACCUGCAGCUAGCAGAGGGCCCCUCCUGCAGACUGACUGAGCUGGCUGUUCUCCACAUGAAACCCUAGACCCAGCCAGAGCCCUUUGGGAGGAUCCAGACACUUUACUUACAGUGGGCAUCAAAGGGAGGGAAGGAUGGUGGGGUGAUGGACAUCUCUGAGAAUUAACCUUCUCCUGCUUUACUGAUAACCUUGUCCUGCUGCAACCUUCCCUCCAGUUUUUGGCUUGCUCCUGAGGUAGGACUUACAAGUGUGGAGAUGGAAGAUGAGGUAGGACAGGAUGCCACUGCUUUUCUUAGCACACCUCCCUCCCCCACUCUAUUCUGUAGUCUUCCAGUAGCCUCCUAAACCAGAGUCUCUAAGUGGAAGUGAACUCAUUAGCACUCCAAUGAGGUGGCACUCCAACUAUUUUUCCUCCUUACAUCCUUCUUUGGAAAGGACAUGGUAUAAAUAAUAAACAAGUAACAUACCAA